GUAACCGUAUAGUGAUGGGGAAGAACCAUGUGUUCCGGUUCACCCACCCAGAACAGGCCCGUCUGGAGAGAGAACAGAGAGAGAGGAGCAGUACCAGUCCCAGCCACCAGGAGACCGAAUGCACUGCCAACACAGGCCUCCAGGGGGAGCCAGAGGACUGGACCUACGCUCAGCGAGAACUACUGGAGAAACAAGGGAUAGACAUCAAACUGGAGAUGGAGAAGAGGCUGCAGGACAUGGAGAUUCAGCAAUCGGGAGGGAGAAGGAGGAG